CCCAUCCAGCCAGCCAGGACGCGCUCCCCUCUCCCCGGUCACAGCCGCUGCCCAGGGGCACGAAGCCGCCACUUAGAAGAGCCGGGCCGAGGGAUGCGCACUUAAUCAACUUCUUCUCCAUUUCUUUUCCUUCGUCCUCCGGCACAAUUCCCCCCCAGAACGGCUGCGUGGGUUUCCUGUCGUCCCUUCGUCCGCGAACCGCGCGGAGGAAGUGGUCGGUCUUUCUGGUGACCGUCGUCGCGAUGGUUCUGCUGGCUCUGGCCGUCGCCGUCCCGCUGCUGCUGCUCCGCACCCCAGAGACCUCCGGGCACUACUACGAGAUGAUGGGCACCUGUCGGAUGGUUUGCGACCCGUACACCCCGAAACCGGGGGGCGCCACCGCCAUGGAGGUGAUCCAGAACGUGAACGGCGUCGCCCCUCAGCCACCGAUGGCGCAAGGGAGCCGCGGGGAGCCGGGGCGACCGGGUAAACCCGGAUCCAGGGGCCCGCCGGGAGAGCCGGGAUCCCCGGGACCGAGGGGGCCACCGGGGCAGCGCGGCGACGGCAGGCUCGCCUUCCCCGCGGUGUCCGGACCCGCUGGCCCCGACAACGGCGGGACGGACGGUGCGAACUCCACCGCCAACAGCUUCAGGAUCGCGUUCUACGUCGGCCUGAAGAACCCGCACGAGGGGUACGAGGUGCUGAAGUUUGACGACGUGAUUACAAACUUGGGGGACCACUACGACGCGAGCACUGGGAAGUUCACCUGCCAUGUGUCCGGGAUCUACUUCUUCACCUACCAUGUGUUGAUGCGCGGAGGGGACGGGACCAGCAUGUGGGCUGACCUGUGCAAAAACGGACAGGUACGGGCCAGCGCCAUCGCCCAGGACGCCGACCAGAACUAUGACUACGCCAGCAACAGUGCGGUGCUGCACCUGGACUCUGGGGACGAGAUCUACGUGAAACUGGAUGGCGGCAAGGCGCACGGGGGCAACAACAACAAGUACAGCACCUUCUCCGGCUUCAUCCUGUACCCCGACUAGACGCCGGUACCCGGCGCCGAGAACUGUUCACAAGUCCAAAUUGUGUUUUUUUUUCCUCGUUUGAAGGCGCUUGCCGCAGCACACAAGCAUAUUAUCUACAACCGUGUAUAUAUAUAUGUAUAUAUGUUCUUGUUCAUCUAGUGAGAGACCUUUUGUGUAUGUAUGUGUGUGUGUGUGUGUGUGUGUGUGUGUGCGUGUGUUUGAUUUUGACUCAAGUUUAACUGCUCUGCUAUCACCAGAGUACGGAUCCUCCUUGUGCAGACUCGCAGUAACACCUCGAACGCGCUCUGAGCUGAGAAGGCAUCAUUCUUAAGUUCCUUUGACAUAUUUCUAAAAUACCUUAGGGGGGUGGGGGGGGGGGGGGAGUGUAGCCUCAGAGCUGUGUGUAUUAAUGGCACCUAAUAUUUCAGGCUCCAAUGACAACAGAUAGAGGGGGUUAGUCAAGAAAUGAGAUGUACCCUCAGAUCAGCUGUUUUGAGAGUCCAGUGUUUGGACUCAAGGCCCGGUCACACCGGUAUUUAACGCCAUCCAUGCCAACUCACCCCGUUCUUUUGCGGUAAUAAAACAGACGCUGGUUUUUCAACUAGUUGUUGAACUUGGUCACACAGAUUUGCAACCACAGGCCGAGAGCUGGAGAGUGGAGGGAAGGGUUAGUAGCGUCCACUUGUGUUUAACUGUUUCGCUAAAAAGACGUGUUUUGCGGAUAGCUCUACGCGACGAGUGAUUUAAAUAAACAGCGAACUUUGAUAGCAAGCUUGUCGCUGACAGUUGGUAAGCGGGCUAGCUUAAAACCAAGGCUAUCCAAUGAAGGCCGGGACAUGGAAGGGGAGCUAUGGGGCAAGACACAAGCUCAGAAGGCUACGGUGGGGGACCAGCUGGCUAGCAUGUUAGCUCAGCUGGCUAGCAUGUUCCCAGCUGGCAAGUAUGUUAGCUGUUAGCUCAGCUGGCUAGUAUUUUCCCAUCUGGCAAGUAUGACAGCUGUUAGCUUAGCUGGCUAGCAUGUUCCCAGCUGGCAAGUAUGUUAGCUGUUGGCUCAGCUGGCUAGCAUGUUCCUAGCUCGAGAGCAUGUUAGCCGUUAGCUCGCCAGCUGGCUAGCAUGUUCCCAGCUGGAGAGCAUGUUAGCUGUUCGCUCGCCAGUAGUUCCCGACGUCAUCAAGCUUCUGCAACCAAAUCUUUUCAUGCCACUUUCUGGUGCGACCGGACCUUCGAAUGGUUAUUAAAUUACGGACACGUGAAUACCCGCCAUUUUCCCGUGUUUUUUUUAUUUAUUUGUUAUCUGCCCACAAGUAAGCGCAUCAUCAGCAUACAUGGCAAAAUGGGAGCAACGACUUGACAACAACUGGAUGAGCUGGACCGGUUCCAGAAGACAUAAUCGGCUGAAGUUGUCCGAUGAGGUCAGCGUAACACAUUCUAAACGCAUUUUGACGAGCUGCAAUGAAUCUAGGCCGCCUCGAUCGCCUCCGUCUCGAUUGCCGCCACCACGAGCGUAAACCGUGGCGCUUCGAGUUCUGUUUGGUGUUUCGCUAAAUAACCCAGUAACCACACCU